AGAUAAACGUGCAACUUUAUUGUUCUUUUUUGUUUUUGUCUUCCUCUUUAUAGUGCCUUCUUCCCCACCAAGCGCUGUUCUCCCCAACACUCCAUACAUAUAUUCACCACAGUUUCUGGAAGUAGGUGCCAUUUCGUGCGUCUUCACCAGUUCUGCGAAAGUACAGCACCAAGCCCCUCCUUUUGUUUGGCGGACCGUCUGCGUGGGCGUUCCAUUUCGCGUUCAUCGAGUAUUCUUCUAUUCACUCUGCUUUUUUUUUUUAACUGAAUACGAAACAAUGUCCUCCGUCACCCCGCCGCAGCACCGCCGCUACGUGGAGCUCACGCCAGACAAGGAGCAAAAGAUUAGCCAGCUGGUUCAACGCAUGCAGCAGACCUACAGCCCACUGCCCGAGCAGCUCCAGGUCCUCCUGCGUUACGCACCAAGACCCGCCGAUGCCCCCACGCCGCACAACACCAUUCGUCACUACUGCUACUGUGCCCUCAUCUCCCGCAACUGGGAUCUGCAACGAGCCUUCGCAAUGCUGGAGGAGAACGUCGCCUACCGGCGUCAGUGGAGGCUGGACGAGCGGAGUGAGAUGCCAACGUCGAUUUCGCUGCGCGGGUGGGAGCAGAUGGAGGUGGUGCGCGCCUUGGGCAAGGAACCGCGCCUUGCCAACCAACGGGCCGAUAAAAUUGUCGCCCUGCUGGGCCGUCACUUUCCUUGCGGUCUGCACCGGUGGGACAAGCAUGGGCAGCCGGUGUUCUACGUCCUCUUCGGCCGCAUUGAGGAGGAGGCGAUCGUGCGAAAGCUGAAGCAGGUGGCGAACGUCGGACAGGCCCCGGAGGACGUCGUGUGGGAGAUGCUGCAGCACCUCAUCGGUGUCGGGGAGUGGCUCGCCUACUAUCAACAAAUGCAGUACGACGCGGGGCGACUGGACGUGGAUGCCACAGAGGGCCUCAUCCGGGCCACCACGAUCGUGGUCGACAUGAAGGGGUUUGGCUACUCGAUGAUCUGGAAGCCCGCCAUCGACCUCGCCGUGAGUUGCUUGAAGAAAUUAUUUCGCUACUACGCGGAGUGCGUGCAUCAGGUGCUGGUCGUGAACGCGCCGUCGAUGGUGUCCUUUGGCUAUCGCAUCGUCCGACCUGCUGUGCCGGCCACCGUGCAGGCGAAGGUGCGCAUCGCCGGCCCAGACGCCUCCCUCGCCUUACUGAAGGAGUACAUCGAUGAGGCAUUCAUCCCCGCGCACCUCGGGGGGCAGUGCAGCUGCGAAGGCGGGUGCUGCACGGAUUACAACCCAAACCCGCAGGACGUGCUGACCGCGACCGAGGAGCACCAGUACGGUGGGGUGAGCACCGACGACAUCACCCUUCGCGCCGGGGCGGCGCACAGGAUUGUUUUUGCGCUGCGGCAGAAGGAGACGGUGGUGUGGGAUUUUAUCUCGGCGAGUGGACACGACAUCGCCUUUGCCACCUUCUUUGUGCCAUCGUCGCAGUGUGCUGGUGUGGAUAUGGAGAAGGCCGACGUGCGGUCAUUGGAGGCCUAUGUGGUGUCGAAGACGAACCCCUCAGAGGGCUCGGACGAGUACAAGGCCACGGAGGAUGGCGUGCUGGUGCUGGUGUGGGACAACAAACAAUCCUGGGUGACCACCAAGCACCUCCAGAUGAAGGUGUUCAAGCAGCAGGAUCUCGGGAAGGUGUUUUAA